AUGGCUUCUCAGGAAGAACCCAUUCAGCCCACGUACCGCGGCUACGGCACCUUCGCCUCGCAACAUCCUGCACAACGUCAACGACGCCACUCAUGGCACACACGCCCCUGCAUGCAGGAGGCUGAAAACUUUCAAGUCUUGCUCCGGAACUUCUUGGCUGAACUCAAUUGCCGACUUGAUCUACUCGAAGACUACGGCCACCUCAAGUACGACGCAGGCGUCGAAUACGCAUACAACACGCUCCUUGCUGUCCGUGAAUCAUGCUCCAAGAUAUCUGAUGGCGCAAUCGAAGCCGGACGGCGGCAAGCAUCUGUUUUCGUCGAGACAUUGGAGGGACGGUACACAGACGCCAUGGAGAAGAAAGAGACACUGGGAGAGAAGGUCCUUGAAGGAAUAGUGCUUAUGGACUCCUACCUGACCGAGUUUGAGACCCGCGCAUUCGCUUUAAGAGACGGAUCAAUUGGGUCUUAUGCGCAAGAAGUCUACGAAGGAGGGUUGAGGAAGAUGGACGAGGGCAUAGAGAUUGCAAAGGGUGUAGUAGACGGCGGUCUAGACAAGGCACGACGCGCGCGAGAGACCAUUGAGAUUAGAGUCGAGCAUGCUGUACAACGAGCACUGGCACGAGCCAAGGCGCAUGGCUUGAUUCACUACGAAGACCUACCGGAGCCAUGGCGAGUCAACCCACACAUCCUCAAAGGCUACCGUUUCAAAGAAGGAAAGUGGGCGUGUGUACGCUCCAUCUUCGGCCUACACAACGAGCUCAUCAACAUCUGGACUCACCUUCUGGGUUUUAUCAUGGUCCUCGCUAUCGCAUUUUACUUCUACCCGUCCAGCACGAACUUUAGCAUGUCAACAAAGGCCGAUAUAUUUAUAGCCGCCGUCUUCUUCUUCGCCGCAUGCAAGUGCCUGGCUUGCUCGACCAUCUGGCACACGAUGAACAGCAUCUCGCACCAAACGCUUCUCGAACGCUUUGCUUGUGUGGACUACACUGGCAUAUCCCUUCUCGUCGCCGCCUCCAUCAUGACUACGGAAUACGCUGCUUUCUACUGUGAACCCGUUUCCCGCUGGUCAUACAUGUGUAUAACAGCACUCCUCGGCAUCGGCGGCGUCAUCCUUCCCUGGCACCCUACCUUCAACCGCGCCGACAUGGCCUGGCUCCGCGUCGUCUUUUAUUGCUCUCUCGCCCUAACAGGCUUCCUUCCCUUUGGCCAGCUCGCGUACACACGCGGUGUUGAGUGGGCUCAGUACUUUUACGCACCUGUUACCAAGAGCCUUCUCGUCUACGUCACAGGCGCGUGUCUAUAUGCAAGUAAGACGCCUGAGCGCUUCUUCCCGGGCUUCUUCGACUAUAUCGGCUGCUCCCACAACAUUUGGCAUGUGGCUGUGCUGGGGGGUAUCAUCUUCCAUUACAUGGCUAUGCAGACCAUGUUCACACAGGCGCUCGCCAGGGCCCAGACAAGCUGUUCGGUGUACUAGACAUUUUCUUGUCUAUUUCCCUCAUUCUUUCUCUUUUGUUUGGAGCGUUGCAGCGUGUUUGGCAUUGAGGCGCGUGGUUGUGUUGCAUUUGCAUAAAGAGGGCGUCUUCGUCCUCUUUCAUAGACCUUUCCUCUUCUUUCUUUCAUCCUAGUUGAAUAGACUACCUGGGUGUGGGGAAAUAUAGGCCUGCUUUCUCCGGGAUGAAGAAUUUGUAGCAGAGAGCCUCGAAUACGUUAGAUAUAACGAAUUGGAUAUUCACAUC